UUGAUGACAGCGAUGUUGACCGGCGCCGUGGUCGAGGCGGCGUAGAUCUUUGUGUCAGCCAUUGAUGUAGUGGUGAUGGAAUCGAAGCCGUUGAUGUUUGGGAGGGAUGACUUCUGGACGAUGGUGGGGUUAGGUGGAUAGCUAUUGAGCUUCUUCGUGCUUCGUUCGUCGUUUCGUGAGAUGGGUAUUGAAGGAACACAACACGACGCGAUUCGGGAUUGGAAUGGCAGCGGCGAGGUCAAUUCACCGCUCCAAGAAAUGCCGCCCCCUUUUUAUUUCCUCAGAUCCACUUCCCACGAUUCCCUUCCCGACCACCUUCCCCGCCUCCCCAGCCCAACCAACCCAUUCCUCCCUCGCACGCUAGCCUCCUUGCCAAGCCGCGCUUGAGCACUGACCGCAUCUUCUUUCCAAGUCUUUUCUGACAACAAGUCCGCCACUUCACGAUACAGCUCCGUCCACCUAAGACACCAAUGAGCGGCUCGAAAGACACCACCAUCACCCCGGAAUCGGCCUGCCCUGUGGACCCAGCCGCACGGAGCAGAUGGAGCUCCCUCCUCAGCUUCGGCGGCGGGAGCAGCAGCAGUAGUACCUCCCCCACCACCCCGCAUACAUCACCAACCCCCACUGCCGGCACCGCCGCCGCCGAAACAUGUCCGGUCGACCACACCGCACGGGAAAAAUGGGCGUCACUCGGCAAGAACAAACCCACGCCAGGUGUUCUUCCCGCCAACCACCCGAAACUCGACAGCACACGCGAGACGUCGACGAUCCCCCGCGCGGCCGUCACCACUCCCUCCAACAGCGAGCACGUCGGCGUUGACCCGACGAUAUACGGCGCGCCCACGGGCAACUGGAUCUACCCGUCCGAGGAAAUGUUCUUCGCCGCGAUGAAGCGCAAAGCGUUUGACCCGAAGGCGGCGGAUAUGCGCUCUAUCGUGCCGAUUCACAAUGCCGUCAACGAGCGGGCGUGGAAGGAGAUUAAAGAAUGGGAGGCGGGCUGGGGCAGUGACAAGUGUGGCGGGCCGAAGCUGGCGAGCUUUGCGGGCGACUCGAAGAAAAUGACGCCGAGAGCAAGGGUCAAAACACUCCUGGGGUAUCAUCCGCCGUUCGACAGACACGAUUGGGUUGUGGAUCGCUGUGGAAAGAAGGUGGAGUACGUUAUCGAUUUCUACUCGGGAAAGCCAGAUCCUCGACAACCAGAAAAGGUGUCGUUUUAUCUGGACGUAAGGCCGAAACUAAGCAUAGAGGGGGUGAAGAUGAGAACUGCGAAGUGGGUUGGGUCGUGGUUCUGAGGCAGGGGACGAAGGCAGUGUACGAUAGAUAUCUCAGUGGGCAUGUGUACCAUAUUCGCGUGAAGUAGGCUUGACGAAGCCGUU